GUUAGAAGGAGGCGAGUCUUGGUUGCUUUAGAAUGGGCAGUCUUUCAUCACACUCUUCUGGACGUCAGGGGCACAAAGUCAUGGAGAGCUGCCUGUAGCUCGAGCACCAACGCCACACGCGAGAGUAACGGUUGGUGAUUUUUUGAAAUGACAACGUAGACACCUGGCCGUUUUUAUACAUUUCUUAUGCCGUUCAAUGGCACAUAGGAUUUUGCAUUUUGACUUAUCUUCUUCCACUAAUUCAUUUGUUAUUAUGAAUGCACAAUCACAAGGAGUUCCAGUGAUCUGUCGUGCGUAACUGUAAUCCUCACAACUUUACGCAAACCUCCAAACCUCUCCAAACCUCACUUAAUCUUCCUUUCUCUGCAACCAAUGUGCACAGAUGUGUGGCCAGUAGUUCCCGGGGACAGCACUGGCCUAUUUCAUUUUUUAAAGCAAACUCUUGGCGUCCUUCUUGUUCAAACGCAGCGGCUCGAACCAGCAGCUCCACCGCAGGGGGCCAACACGCAGUGUGGGCUUUCCGACGCACUUCUCACCAAGAGAAGAUGAAUAUCCAAGUCGUGCCAGAACACAAGCUCUCUUCAGUAGCUCCGCUUAAGCAAUGCAACGUGGAGAAGAAGGAGGUAGAACUCAUACUCGUCAAAGACCAGAAUGGCGUGCAAUACACCAGCUCGUCCAUCAUGCCCACCACUGGACACCGGUCAGGUCCGCCCGGUUCUCCCGAGGAUGACCGAGAAACAUGGGGCAAGAAAAUAGACUUUCUCCUGUCAGUGAUUGGUUUUGCAGUAGACCUGGCCAAUGUUUGGAGAUUUCCUUACUUGUGCUACAAAAAUGGGGGAGGUGCCUUCUUGAUCCCUUAUGUCCUAUUUUUGUUCAUUGCGGGAAUGCCAUUGUUCUAUAUGGAGCUAGCCCUGGGCCAGUUCAACAGAGAAGGGGCAGCCACAGUUUGGAAGAUUUGUCCUGUUUUCAAAGGUGUGGGAUACACCGUGAUCCUCAUAGCCCUGUAUGUGGGCUUCUACUACAAUGUCAUCAUCGCCUGGUCACUGCACUACCUGUUCUCCUCCAUGACAAGGGAACUGCCCUGGCUCAGGUGCGGCAACAGCUGGAACAGUCCCAACUGCACUGACCCCCAGGCCAUCAAUGGCUCUGUCCUCGGCAACGGGACGUCCUACGCCAAGUAUAAGAUCACCCCAGCAGCAGAGUACUAUGAACGGGGGGUGUUGCACCUCCACGAGAGCAGAGGGAUCGAUGACCUGGGCAUGCCACGAUGGGAUCUGACUUUAUGUCUGAUUUCAGUGCUUUUCAUUCUGUUCUUCAGUCUGUGGAAAGGUGUCAAGUCAUCAGGGAAGGUGGUAUACAUUACUGCCACUAUGCCCUAUGUGGUGCUGUUUGUGCUGCUGAUCCGUGGGGUCACUCUACCAGGCUCUAUGGAUGGAAUAAGAGCCUAUCUCCACAUUGACUUUAAAAGACUCAACAAUUUAGAGGUAUGGAUAGACGCUGCUACCCAGAUCUUCUACUCGUUAGGAGCAGGAUUUGGUGUUCUCAUUGCAUUUGCCAGUUACAACAAAUUUGACAACAACUGCUACAGGGAUGCCCUUCUGACUAGCACUGUGAACUGCGUUACCAGUUUCUUCUCUGGAUUUGCUAUUUUCUCAGUACUGGGCUACAUGGCUCACAAACACGGGGUGAAAAUAGAAGAUGUAGCUACUGAGGGGGCGGGCUUGGUAUUCAUCAUCUACCCAGAAGCCAUAUCCACACUGCCUGGCUCCACGUUUUGGGCCAUAGUCUUCUUCAUCAUGUUGUUGACUCUGGGCCUUGACAGUGCUAUGGGAGGCAUGGAGGCCGUCAUCACAGGUCUGACCGAUGACUUUAAGAUUCUCAAGAGGAAUAGGAAGGCAUUCACCUUUGCAACAGCCUUUGGGACCUUUCUUAUUGCUCUGUGCUGUAUAACAAAUGGUGGAAUCUAUGUGUUGACUCUUCUAGAUAAGUAUGCAGCUGGGACUUCCAUACUGUUCGGUGUGCUGAUUGAGGCUAUUGGAGUGUCAUGGUUUUAUGGUGUGGACCGCUUCAGUGAUGAUAUUGAGCAAAUGAUGGGCUUUAGGCCAGGCCUGUACUGGAGGCUAUGCUGGAAGUAUGUUAGCCCAGCUUUCCUGCUGUUUGUUGUUAUAGCCAGCACCCUUACAGCAACAAGCCUCAAGUAUGACGAGUAUGUCUUCCCUCACUGGUCUAACAUCAUGGGCUGGGGCAUCGCCAUGUCGUCCAUGCUUUUUGUUCCUGUUUACGCCUUUUAUAAAUUCUGUACUGUACCAGGAAGUUUCAAAGAGCGAAUAGCCUACUGCAUCACACCAGAACAAGACCAUCACAAGGUCGCAGAGGGUGACGUACGCCAGUUUAGACUGAAACACUGGUUAGCCAUCUAAAAAUCCUGGUGUACCACAAGGCUUAGGACCCCCUCUCCCCCAUGCUGCCCGAGGUUGUACAAGUACUAUAAUACUUAAACACUAAUUAUACUACAUCAUGCGUACUCAUUCUAACUCUUACACAAAGCACACAAAUGGGGCAGCACAUAGAGAUGGAUAUGUUUUGAUUGUAUCUGUGGACAUAAUUUUGUGUAGGUUUUAUACACACUUUUAAACUCAAGUAUUUUUAUUUUUUAUUAUUAUCUAGGGUGAGGGUGCACAUACUUAUAUUUACAUAAUGUUUUGGAAGUUGUAUUAUUUAUUUAUUAUGCUACCGUGUAUUAUGCUGUUCUCGUUCUCGCCUCUAUUGGCAGAAUUUCUCAUCUGUGUUAGUGCCUUAUCAACCAAGACACUUCAUAUUUUACUGUACAAAAGGAGAGACAGUUUAAAGUGUUGACUCAGGAACCCACUAAAUUCAGUGUGUAGACUGUUAUCUGUUGCUUUUCACUGGAGCGUAUAGCAGACGGCUGAGGAAAAAAUGCGCCAUGUUUACCUGGGUAUGUUUCUGGUUGGAACAAGACAAUGGUCACGUACGAUUUCAGGAUAUUUUGUUUUUCAAGAUAUUCUUGCGUGUGAUGCUGGAUACACUACAGUAACAGUGGUAUUAUGUAUCAAAAUAACAUCAACAUUGAAAUGUUCUAGUUCUAACAGAAACAUACUGUACCAAGUUUAGCUGGCAGCCAUCCUCUUGAGUUUGUUUUGAGCCUGUCCAUGUCAUUCAGAUUUUAAAACAAGGGGUCAAGGCCGGAGGAAGAGGAAAAGGUCUAGUCUGCCACAGUAUGUUAAAAGGGAAUUACAUUUACAAGCUUUAAAAUAACCAAGGAGGGCUUCUUUUCUGGAAACUAAUCUAGAUUAGAGUUAACAUUAUUAGCUCUUUUGGCAAUCGCCAAUAAAUGACUGUUGCUACUGUUGUGAACUGAUUUUAGCCUUUAAUGUUUGUGUGGAAGAAUGUGUGUAUUCUGUCUAGUCUAUGGAGAACAUUGUAAAAGUCAAAUAUUGUCUUUAUGUUAUCAAUGUCCCAAGUCCUGGUAUGUGAGAGAAGGUUUUCUUUUCUUUUCUUUUUUUUUUACAAAAUGUAUUUAUUGUAAAAAGAUAAAUUUAAAACCCCUAUUUGAAGGAAAUAAGCCAGAGAAGUAAACUAAUAUAUGUGGACUAUAUGAAAAUCUAUAAAUAUAUUCUUUUGUUAUAUCUAAACAUAUAGGCUAUUUAUCAAAUUGUUUAUAUCAAGACGUGAAUGUAAAGUAUUUUAGGCAUAGCUGUUUAUUGUUAUCACAUAGUGUUUGAUGUAUAAGAAGUAUAAGAUUCUCCUGUGUAACUCCUGGCUCUUUCAGCAAUUAAGAACUGUGACCAAUUACCACUUGGCUUUCCUGGACUAUGUUUACAGACAAUAUUGUGUACCAUACCCAUGUGACGUCCAGAGUGAGUGACACCUACAGUAUCUAUGGAGAAGUAUGACAUAUUUACAAAUAUAAAAAUAAAGAAUUCCUCUAAUGUU